AUGGAGGUAGAAAAGGACAAGAAUCUCACCCUCGACACCCUCGAGCUAUCGAGUCUCUCGCGCAGUCAGUCAUACAAUCAGGGUCGGCGGUUACUACAGGAUCUUCUCUCUAUCGCGCGUUUCGGAACGCCAACCAUUGGAUUACCAGAGUCGACGGCCAAUAACAGAUCGGAUGACCGUAUCAGCGGCACCAGUGACGACCAGCAAACAAUGCGACUCUCGGAACGCCAAGACAUGCUCCUUGCACAAGCGUGCAAAGUAUUCUUCCUGGCCUCGCUAUCACUGGACGACAUCAUUCAACAAGUGCCUCAACAAAACCAACUCUGCCUGCUCACUGCAAUGAUGCUCUUCUCCCAGAAAGCAGGAGCAGACACGAGCACGUUUGGGAUCCUUGAGGAGCCUUGGGAUGCACUGACUCUCUUUCAAAGGUGGAUCGUUCGCUCAAGGGUGGCUGGCACAGAGACCUCGGGAUUGGAUCUUGGCGACACGAAGCUGCAUGUCACAGCAUUGGAGACAAAACUGCAAGCACUUUCCAAGGUGACGGAUAGCCCGCGGGUUCAUAGCACCCGGUGCCAAAUGUCAUCGGAGCUUGGACAAUAUUACUGUUGGAAUGGACAAUACCACGAGGCAAUCAAGCACUUGGAACAAUGCAACAACGCGCACAGCAGCCAUACUCCUAGCGAGCCAACAUGUCAACUGGAUGAAAAACGCAGCAGCGCUCUUUUGAAGUUGGCACAUUUGGCGGUCGGAAAUUCUCUUCCAGAUCCCAAGGAGAGCCUAUUGACUCGAGUGAAGGCUAUGGAACGUGAACAGAGGCUCGACGACCUCAUUGACGAGUUCAGGAAGGACAAUUUCUCCAAGACAUUGCCAUAUAUUUGGCGGCAACGGCUCCUCUGGAAUGUGGUGAAUCAGUCGGACUACGAUGUCGGUGCUUUCCUUGCUCUUUACAACGCACUCUACCGUCUCGGUGAUCCAUGUGAGAUGCUACUCGAGAUACCUGACCCUAUUCUUCGAUUCCUUCGAGAGAUUGUAUUCGAGAGUGGUCAUGAGCCGGAUGCAUACUUGUCGUCGUCCAUCUUUGAAGAUAUCAUGGAUGUGAUUGUGGAGACGAAAACAGCCUUGAUUGAGGAAGCACCUACGGAUGGCGACAAGGUGAUCGAGGAGAAGAUUACGGCUUUUGUGUCACAAUUUUGUGAUACUAUUGGACAUCUCCUCUGUUAUGACGCCGCAUGGAAGUCAGGCCUUCUACCCCCAACACAGAGGGACUGGAGUCACGCUUGGGAUAUGUACAGCGCCCUUGUGGAUGGUCUGGCACCGUUCACGUCGGGUUUAGUUACGUUAGCCCUGAGUGUGCAGGCAUGCAAACGGGAUCGUUGCCUCGAUUCGGCUCUGUUUCUCCAAUCGUGCGAACGCUUCCUUGGCAACCAGCAAAUGGUCCCCAUGAAUAUCGCCUACAACCGUCUGCAGGCUGAACUAGGAAAGCAGGUCGCCGUUACGCAGUUUGGAAUCAUGAUUCAGGACUAUGAGACUUCACGGGAACGGAGACUGUUAGCGCGACUGGAGCAGCGGAUCAAUGGCACCCCUAACACUGGUGGUGCGUCUGGUACAAGCAAAGGACCUGUUGCUCCUAAUAACCAGCGUGGACAAGCGGAUGACGACAAAAUGGACGUUGAUGUUCCCCAACUGCCCGACUCGUCAGAACCAUCAGUCGUUCCAAGCAAGGACGAAGAAAAAAUUGUCGAAGGACUCUGCCAGCUUCUCUUUGAAUACCUACAGACAUUUGGGCCACUAGAUCAGAAACUACAGCUGCAUGCGUUGGCAAUCUGUAUCAACCACAAGAAAUGGGCGUUCAUCUCUGACUACUGCCGUGCAGCUGUUGAAAGACUGGAGAAGUACAUGUGUCCAGCAAUGUUCCUUGUAUACAGUGUGCUGGGACCUCUUUCGGCCAUCCUCAAUGUGAGUCAAACAGUGCUGGGUGUAGACUUUCGGGACAUUGCUGUCGCCGGUUGCCUUGACGCCAUCUUUUCAUCAGACAUGGACCCAAUCAAAAUCAACCGCAUGGCCGCUCUCGAUAUGAUUCAAGGCCUGCUUCUCCAUGCUGUCGAACCAUUGAGUCACAACUUGACAUCCAUGCAGGGCCAACAACCAACCAUGAACCCACACGGAGUCCCGGCGGGAGAGAGCUUAAGCGAUUUUGCCGUCAUCCUGGAGCUCUUCAGUAUGGUGCGGACUCGAGGCGUCAUCGAUGUGUUUUCCGCGCUUUUGGCAGGAGCUCUCUCGUCCCUCUUGCCAGAAAGGGCCAAACUGACACUCAGCGAGUUUGGAUAUUUUGCGCUGUUCACGACUUCGCUGGACUGUGUUAACUCGUGGACCGACUCACGGAUAAAGAUCAUUGCGAUGCUGAGCAGUCGCGAAGCAGGAACGGCAGUCGAGGCAGUUCCUGGAGCGGCGCAAGGGUUCUCAAGGCUCCUUAUUCGACUUUACGAGCAACAAAUUCGGGCAGAGACGGAUUCAGUCACGAUGAGGAUGAAGGUUGAGGCCAAGGCAAAAGCGAACUUGUACCGCUUGGACCCUACCGCCCACUUUUCAACUUCGGGCUCUGUGUCGGCCAUGUAUUCGACAAAGAUUAGCGGGCAUAUCACCCGGUACUCGCUCUGCUUGACGGAGCUUUAUCAUUUGGAGGGCAUGUACCAGGAUUCUCUUGCGGCGUUCUUGAACGCUUGCAUGGUUGCUUCAAGGUGCUUUUCGGAAACGGAGCGACUGAACCGGAGGAUAUGGUCUACCUAUCACCACGGAGCAAACACCUCCUUUUCACCCAUCCCACCAACGGUCGCGUCGCCACAUGCCGGUCACACCAACGGCUACUCAGCAUCAUCCUCGGACCCUCAGUUCCUGAACACAUUCCAGACACUCUCCUCACUCUCUGUCACCAAUGGCACUGCCGGCAACAACGGAACAGGAACAGUCGGACUCGGCAUGCAACCCUUGACCAUGGAUUCAAACGGAUCUGCACCCACGCCACCUUCCAACAGUGGGCCAUUACCACCUACGUCCCAGACACCAUCCCAGUUUGCAUUGAAGGCGAUUGAAAGCUGUAUGCAUUUGGAGGAGUUCCUUGCGGGCGCUGUGCUGCAGCAGUUUUUACCCAAGAUGGAUUACAGCCAGGCAUUUAGAGCGAUCGGGCUUGCGCAUGAGAGUGGAAUGCUGACAUUUGCCAAAGGAUCAGUUAUCGUCAGAUCUUUCCCUAAUCCUGCGCCUACGCCAAGUCUGGGCAGUGGACUACUGGGAGGAGGCGGAGGAGGCGGAGGAGCAGGAGGACACAUGGCAGGCUCUGGACGACCGAUUGGUGGUCAUACCCAAUCGUCAGUCACACUGUUCAAGCCAGAGAUGAAGCACCCGAUCUGCGAACGAGCGGUCGAUACAUUACUGGGGCGGUCGGCGAUCAAGCCGGUUGCGCCAUUUUCCAACAAUGCAGGAAGCACUUGGGGCGCUCAUCAUCCCGCCACAGUGGCGCUCAGUCUUCAAGGGCAACAGUUCCUUGAGCUGAUGUUUGACUUGCCGCUUUUGGAGUUGGUCAGCACGCUGUGCAAGGAGACCAAGAAUACCGAAGGGCUGUUGAGGGUUCAGGCAAGGAUCAAUAGUAAUCGGAUGGCGCUGGACUCGAGGCAGCCAUUCAAGGAUCAGGUCUAUGCCCUGCUACAGCAGGAUGUCUUGGUCCGUCUGUGGUCCCGAUUCGCACGCAUUGCAUAA